AUGUUACAGGUUUUUGUUUUUCCACUUCCCAACCUGUGGCUUCACCCUCCCACUCUCUGUCCAUUUGCAUGGAAACCCUUUAGUGGGCCAGCAGCUGCUGCCCUUUCCUUUCUUCAUGUUGAAUCCUAAUGAUUACUUUCAAAGGAGAGCGUCUCCAAAGCUCCUUUAUCAAGUGUUUGUAGUGAGGAGACUAGUCACUGUCCAGCAUCCACUCGAGCUUUCUCCUCUUCAACCACAGACAUUGAUGACCUGCUUCUUCAAGUUGAGAGAAAGAGAGCGUACAUGAGAAGGAGGUAAGGAUGACAGGUAACAGGAUUUAUUUUUCUUUGAUUAACUUUGAAGAAAAAUAUGACAUAUGUUAAAGUGGAAGGUUAAGAUUUAAAAAAGAAUAAACGAAGAGAUUAGGUAGAAGAUAUAAUUACAGUUCUCAUGCUGUUAUGUUUGAGUAUUAAUGUUACUGGAUGCUUGAAUAUACAUUUGCAGGUCGACGAUUUCAACUGUUAUGAAUUGGAUAGUGGUUGAAUGAUAACCGGAGUAGAAUGUAAUCUGUGAUGAAAUACUUUGCAACAUAGGACAACGUCCACCCAUUUACACCGUACGUGUUAGACCCGACUGAAUAACGCUUCAUAAUUUGGAUUUCCUUACAUCUAAAAUUAAGUCUGUAAAGUGUGGAAUUGAUUUUGAAAUAUAUUGUGUUUUUCAUGCACAGAGGAAUAACAAGAGGGGGGUGGGGGGCACAUCUGAUUUUGACAGACUACUUCACAUUCAUAUCCAGCUGAUCACAGUCUGAGAUUAAACUAAUUGUUGCUUUAAUCCCCACGGUAUCCUUGAAUUUAGUUUCGACUCAAUGCUGACUUUGUUUUUCAGUAUGUUCCAUUUUUGCCCACACAAUUACACUUCAAGCAAAAUCAAAAUUGGCAAAAUAAAGAAAAACAUUUUAAUCUGAGAUGCUUCAAGUACCGCAUAUCUACAUCUGAGCACGUUCUUAAAAGCAAAUUUGAACAUUUGAACAUUUGCAUUUGAACUUUUUUUAGGAUCUGUGUUGCACGUCAUUCUUCUUACUAUUUCAUCUCUGCAGUAAUGCCAUGAGGCUGAUUCUAGUUAAACCCACCAAUGCCACUCGACGCCUUGACUCAACAGGGAAAGUCUUUCAUGACGGAGACCUGGAGCACUGCACCUCAGGAGGUCCAUCACCUUCCACAAAAACUCCCGAGGGGCUGCAUGACCGGUACUCAGGCACCUCUUUGGACCCAACUUCCUCCCCACAGGAGUCGAGCCUAUGUCGAGUUUCAUCCUCACCCCACGAACGGUCCAAUGGAAUCAGUCCAAUGAGGGUUCCGGCCCAGAUGUCUCCACUGAAAACCCAGAACCUCACUUUAUCACAGCUGAGCGAUGAGGACUGGCUGCUGUUUUGUGGCCAGGUUAGCAGUGUAGGAGAUGGUUCAGCAUCAGCAGAGAGGGCAGGGACCAGUGUUUCACAUCCAAACCACAACGACAGAUGUGGUUGUUCUUGUAGUGAUCAGCACUUAGACGCUUCCAGUUUUCAUCUGCAGUCUAAACAGGGUUCAAUUCAAGACUGCCUCUCCAGAGUUUCAAACAACAAAAUCCUCUCAACUUCACCACAAACCCAACAUUUCACUCAAAGCACCCCAAAUCCGACCUCUUGCCAGGUUUUACCACAGCAAACAAAUCUUUUAAAACCAGUAACCAACCAUCCAAAGGAUCAUUUCAAGCUCCAGUGCAGUGGCCAAGAAGGUCGAAGUGAUCCAUUGCAGCAACAGCCUUGCAAUCAUUUUAAACUGACUGACAGCAACCAAGCAGCGCACCCAAAUUUAUUCAACAUCCCCUUGAACUCAGUGGAGCGUGCCGAGGCAACCCUGAAACUCCACCAACAUCCUCGCACCAUUGUCCCUGCAGAGCUCAACUGGAGGGAGAUUUUUGGUAAAGAGCCUCUGUUGGUUCAGCAGUAUCAAAAGCAAGAUUCCUACUGCUCGACAAGUUGCGAUCAAACCUGCAAGUCGGCUCAGGAUCCCUCCAUCCUCAAAUGCCGACAUCUCCCUCACGAUCCUUUAGCCAGCACUCUACGCGCCAAGAGGUCAUCCACUACGGCUGGUAACAGAAGUGUGCAGUCCUUCUCUGACAGCCAGUUCAGUUCCUUGGAGAACCAGGAUUUAGUGGAGGAGACUCUGAGAUGGCAACAACUUAAGGUACAGAGAUACGACUGAGACCAUAAUGAUUGUAUUUUUUAUGGUAAUGUUUUAGAUUUAAGACAGAUUUGCUUAUCAAACUGUAAAUCAGCCACAAUUCAAUAAUGAUCUAAAAACAGCAUUGCAUUAAAAAGCAUGAUUAUUUACCAAAAUUUGCUUUCCAAAUUCAAAGCAGGCAGUUCCCUACUCUAGAAACUUCCAAGUAAACAUUUUUCUGAUGAAGAGAUGGAAGAAAACCUUGAAGCCACUGUUUUUAAUUAAAUUUAAAUUUAAUUUAAAUAAGUUAAAAAAAUCGCCCAUAACUUGCACUUUUUUGUAGACUAUUUGCACGGACCAAAUUCCACCUGAAAAUCUACUUCAGUCACAAGACGUACCACAAAUUCACACAUGUCAAUGGUAUGCCAGCCCAUAAUGAUCUCCAUUUGGGCUGUUUGAUUUUAAUGAAAGAAAUUGAGAUUAAAUUCAGUUUCGGGUUGUAGAAGUGUUGGAUGUUUUCUUGUUUCUGCAAAAUUCUCCCUUGCAGCAUAAAGUAUUUUGACUCAUAUGUCACGCGCUCCUUGCUUACUGUCGGUCUUCUUAUUGCAGAUGACCGCUCAGCACCACAGUGGAUCAAAACAAGCCCCCUCUCGACGCACCCCUCCACCUUCUGACACCUUCGAAACCAGCGACAUAGUCAACGGGGAUGCAGUGAACCCGCUCAGCAGCCAUGGCACUUUAACAUCCAGUCUUUCAGAAAUCCACUCAGGCCAUCAGCAGCCCCUUCAGCUUCUUCACAGUGCUAUCCUGGAGGACGCCUUCUCCAAAGUCCUCAGAGAAGAGUCCAGUAAAGCCAACAGUGAGAACCUGUCCAGGGAGGAAGGAAACGCACCACAGAAGAAGACCAAGGACAUUAGUUAUCGGCUAGGUCAGAGAAGAGCGCUCUUUGGGAAGCGUAAACAGUUGAGUGACUACGCGUUAGUCUGUGGGAUGUUUGGCAUCGUUGUCAUGGUGAUUGAGACAGAGCUUUCAAGGGGAUUUUACAGCAAGGUACUGUCUCCAUUAACAACCUUACUUUCAGUUUUCAGGUUGUUUUCACUCGGUGGUUUAUGUUUUCCACUCUGUUUUGUCCAGGAUUCACUUUAUUCCUACAUACUGAAAGGCCUGAUCAGCCUCUCCACUGCUCUUCUUCUUGGGCUCAUUGUGAUGUAUCACGCCAGGGAAAUCCAAGUAUGUGAAUGGAAAAUGAUAAGCCUUUGUACAUCUGAGUUUUUUACUCCUUUCAUAAACCCCAUUUCAUUAUCUUCUCCUCUUUUUUGCAGCUCUUCAUGGUUGAUAAUGGAGCAGAUGAUUGGAGGAUAGCUAUGACCCUUGAACGUAUUCUGUUUGUUGUGUUGGAGCUCUUUAUCUGCGCCAUCCAUCCAAUCCCAGGCCAGUACGUGUUCACUUGGACAGCUCGUCUGGCCUUCAGCUACACGGCAUCGGUAGCGGAUGCUGAUGUCGACAUCAUCCUCUCCGUGCCCAUGUUCCUGCGCCUCUACCUAAUUGGCAGAGUCAUGCUGCUCCACAGUAAGCUGUUCACAGAUGCCUCCUCACGAAGCAUAGGGGCGCUCAACAAGAUCAGCUUUGAUACUCGAUUUGUCAUGAAGACUCUGAUGACCAUCUGCCCUGGUACAGUUCUGCUGGUCUUCAGCGUGACCUGCUGGAUAAUAGCUGCCUGGACAGUGCGUGUGUGUGAGAGGUAUCAGGCUCUGGAUCUCUAAAUCUACCAAGAACAAAAAGUCACAUAAGUUUAAAUUUAAUAUGUGAUGGAAGUAUGUGAGCUGUACAAUAGAUUUACAUCAUCUCCUCUUUCUACAGGUAUCACGAUGCCCAAGAAGUGAGCAGUACCUUCCUAGGUGCAAUGUGGCUGAUCUCCAUCACCUUCCUGUCCAUCGGCUACGGCGACAUGGUCCCUCACACCUACUGUGGGAAAGGUGUUUGCCUGCUAACAGGAAUCAUGGUAAGGUUUCCAAAGAUCAUUUCAAACUCGGCACACCCACCUUUGUUUUGGCUUUUCAUUUACAGUCAUAAUAUUAAUCCAAAACAUCUUCAAAUACAAAGCCUUUCUUUGCACGACUGUUGAAGAGUUGCAUGUUGAUUAGAUCAGUUUGUUUUAUUAUAAUUACAGCUUUAAAAUCUAAUAUAAUUUCAUAAGACUGUCUCAAGCAGCAACAUUUAAAUUCCUUCUUUAGAAAUCCCACAUAUGUAGAUGAUGAUGUACUUGACCACAGCUUGCAAAAGAGUAACUAACCACUCCUCUCCUCCUCAGGGAGCGGGGUGCACAGCCUUAGUGGUUGCGGUUGUUGCACGAAAAUCGGAACUCACCCGAGCUGAGAAGCACGUCCAUAACUUCAUGAUGGAUACUCAGCUUUACAAAAAGGUCAGAGAGACUCAAACAUAGACAAAAAAAUAUUCUGAAUGGAAACUCUAAUAGUGCAGUCUUAACAUUAUUUUCCUGGGAAAUUUAUCUUAUGACAAAAUAUUGUAAACUGAGUGCGCAGUGGGAUAGAAACAUUGUUUAUAUGUUCCUAAUGUUUCAUACACAUGAUGUGUUUUUCUUUGACAGAUAAAAAACACGGCAGCCAAUGUGCUGAGGGAGACGUGGCUCAUCUACAAACACACCAAGCUGGUCAAAAAGAUCGACCGUGCCAGAGUACGCCACCAUCAACGCAAAUUCCUGCAAGCCAUCCAUCAGUGAGUAUAAAUGAGUUUUCACAAAUGUCAUAGAGAUUAACAUUUUGUUGACAUAAUUAUUAUUAUUAAAAACUGUUGCUGUCAUUAUACUCAAAAUGAGCAUAUUUGUCAAACAACAAUAAAAGUUUUCAGCUUCAUCAUUUGCUUUUUUGUCUUUGCACUAUUUUCAGUAAUAUUUUAGGGUUACAAUGACUUGCAAAUCAUUAUUAUUAUUGUCAUAAUCUUUUUUUUUCUCUUUUUUACAUUUUACAUUAAAUAAAAUUGUUUUUUGCUCUAUAAUUUCAGACUGCGAACAGUCAAACUGGAGCAAAGGAAACUUACUGACCAGGCCAAUACAGUUGCUGAUCUUGCUAAGGUCAGUAGGUGCAGCACCUCUCACAAAAAUCUAAUACAAUAGAGCAAAAGAAAACCAAAAUGUUUGUUACUUUGUUUUCUUAUAAUGCUUAUGGGAAUUUGACACAUGAACAGUGUUUGAGUUUUCAUCUACAACAAGAGGGAAGGGUCUCUGCACCGACCAUAAAUUCAUGAUACACUGCUGCAUCAUAAUGAUUUUUCAAUAGAUGUCUUCUUUUAAGUUAUUUAUUUCAAUAUCAGCACCAAGAACUAAACACAGGGACAAUUCAAACUGAAUUAAAGUUGAAAAAAUACUGCAUGGUAACUUAGAGCAUUUUACUAAUUUCACUCAGAUAAUUUUUUCUUUUCAUGUGUUUAUCUUGUUCAGUUUAUUGAUUGUAAAGCCACUGAGACACAAAGACACAAUUCAACAGGUUCUGCGUAAAAAUUUUCUCUAUAAAAAUAGGUCCUCCAAUGACCUAGCCAACUAUUGAAAAAUGUAAAUCGAGAAACUCAAAUUGUAAAGAAAUUAUGAAAAUAGAUAAAAGGGAAUUUAUCCAGAAAUCUAAAUUUACUCUUUUAGAAUGUAAGUUAAUUAAAGCCUACAUUUAAAACCCUUUUUUUCUUGAACCUUUGUAGCAAUGUCAUAUACUGGGCUUUUUUUUUUCGUUGAGCGUUCACCCACCCUAUAUUCUGUUACAAACUCAGAUGUCUGACCUGACUUCCCUGCUGUUUUCCAGACUCAGAACAUGAUGUAUGAUCUCGUGUCAGAGCUGCAGCAUCGGAGUGAAGAGCUUGACAGGAGGAUUGUAGCUCUGGAAGACAAACUGGACUCCAUCCUUCUCAGUGUGCAGUCGCUCCCUGUCGUGCUCUCUCAAGCAAUAACCAAGCUACAAAAGGAUUUCCUGGACGAUUUGGCCUGUCGUGUCCACUUCCUGUCAUCCUCCCUGAGCUCUGAGUGCUGUUCAGUCCCUGCCAGGCAGCUCUGUCCUGGAUCCACUACACCAGAGACUCCAUACAGCUCCUAGGCCACACUCAGUUUUUUUUCUUAGUCUGCUAACUUUUUAAAGCCAGGAGGAUUUUUUUCUUUCUUUCUGCAGAGGAAGUUGAGAGCAUUAUUCACUCAUUUCCCGUGCUUACAGUUUAACUGUUAGUCCAAGAAGUGACAAACAGAUACACACUAGUCCAAAAAGCUCCCUUUAAUCUCAACUGGGCAUCUACAAAGAUGGAUGGAUGUAGAGUAUGGCUAGAUGGAGGAUUGAUAAGGAAUAAAUACUGAUAAUUUAACCCUGACAUUACUCGCUUAAAUCUAGUAUCUAAAUGAUUAAACUUGUAAACCUAUACAUUUUAAGCCAUGUGAAACAGCCUUGUACACUUGUCGCUGUGCAGACAUUUAUCAAUCAAUCAGUCUUUAUUUAUAUAGCACUUUUCAUACAAAAAGGAUGUAGCACAAAGUGCUUUACAUAGCAGAGGAAUAAAGGGCUCAAUUUAUAUUUAACAGGAAUGUGCGCACCGAGGAAAUGCCAUUUUAAAAUUCAAAGUAGGGAAACACUGGAGGUUUUAAAUCUAAAAAUAAAGUAACAUAAAAUGAAAUUGAAGAAAUAAUAGAUAAAAUGAAAUAAAAACAACAGUAAAAGAUACUAACAUAAGAACACCAAAAUAGCUCAAUAAAAGACGAUCCUGUCAUUAAAACUAAGAGAUAAAUGUUAAAAUACUUAAACAAAGUUAAUGAUAUAAAAUUAAGAUAUAAAAUUUAGUUAAAAGCAAGACUAAAAAGGUAUAUUUUCAGUUUGCUUUUAGAUAGAUCUUGCAUGGGUUAUGUAUAUUUCUAGAGAUUCCUCUGCAGCCUCAGUAUUUUAUUUUAUGUCAUGCAAUAAAUAUUUUUUUAAAACUC